GACAGAGGAAAGCAACAGCAUCCCAUGCCCAGUCCUCCACAGCUCUUCCAUCUGCACAGCAGAGCUGGACGGACCAGCCAGAAUGUGGAGAGCAUUGCUAUUUAACCUCAUCUUCAUGUGCUGUGUGAGAUGGUGCCAUUCUGAGGGAUGUGAACUGGGGCAGUUUCACUGUGGGUCAGGCCGAUGUAUCCCAGGUGCCUGGCACUGUGACGGGACAUCAGACUGUGUGGAUGACUCUGAUGAAUACGACUGCGCUCCGGUAACAUGUGAUGAAAGCCAUUUCCAGUGCUUGAGUGAUGGUGAGUGUAUCCCAGAUGUGUGGGUUUGUGAUGAUGAGGAAGACUGUGAGGAUGGUUCAGAUGAGAGGCAACACUGUCCUGGUCGGACGUGUGCCAGUGGCCAGUUCAGCUGCAGUAAUGGUGCGUGCAUCCCAGGAGAAUAUCGGUGUGACCAUUUGGCGGACUGCUCAGAUGGGUCUGAUGAGAGAAACUGCCAUUACCCUGAGUGUGCACAGCUGAGAUGUGCUAAUGGGGCCUGCUACAACCGGACUCAGCGAUGUGACCAUAUACUUGACUGCCGUGACGGCUCUGAUGAGGCUAAUUGCACACAGCAUUGCAACACGGGCUGGUUUCCAUGUCAUAAUGGAUUGUGUGUUCCACAACGCUACGUCUGUGACCAUGACGAUGACUGUGGAGACAGAAGUGAUGAGAUAAACUGCACAUAUCCGUCAUGUAGAGGUAACUACUUCACCUGCCCCAGUGGCCGCUGUAUCUAUCAGAUCUGGCUUUGUGAUGGAGAGGAUGAUUGCGAGGACAAUGCUGAUGAAAAAGGCUGUGAUAAUGUGGCCAGGGAGUGUUACCCAGGGGAAUGGCCGUGUCCGUCCUCUGGCCUGUGCAUCCCCAUGGAUCAGCUGUGUGACGGGACGGCUCACUGUCCCGGGGGAGAGGACGAGAGUAACAACACUGCUGGUCACAAUUGCAGUAUCUGGAGAUGUGCCUCUCUAAGCUGUGAGCAUCACUGCCAUGCUUCUCCUGAUGGAGGAACUUGUUCAUGUCCCUCUGGAUAUGUUGUCAACAGCAACAAUAGUCGCUCAUGUAUAGACUUUGACGACUGUUCGAUGUGGGGCGUGUGUGACCAGCUGUGUGAGGACCGCAUAGGCUCCCAUCGGUGUAGCUGUCGAGACGGCUAUACGCUGGAGCAGCACAGAUACUGUAGAGCUGACAUCUCGACUGGAGUUCCUUCCUUGAUAUUUUCUAAUGGCAGAGACCUGUUAAUAGGUGACACCCAUGGCAACAGCCUGCGCACUUUGGUUCAUUCACUGAACAGAGGGGUUGCAGUGGGAGUGGACUUCCACUAUAAUCUGCGUAGGAUCUUCUGGACUGAUACCAUUCAGAAUAAGGUGUUUUCUGUGGAUAUGGACGGUUCCAACAUGCAGGUGGUGUUGAACGUAUCAGUUGACUACCCUGAGAACUUGGCUGUGGAUUGGGUGAACAACAAACUGUAUGUGGUGGAGGCCAGCGUCAACAGAAUUGACAUGGUGGACUUUGAUGGAGCUAACCGGGUUACACUCAUCACUGAAAACCUCGGAAACCCGAGAGGACUGGCCGUGGACCCCACUGUCGGGUACAUGUUCUUCUCAGACUGGGAGGCAAUGAAUGGACAGCCAGGCCUGGAGCGGGCUUUCAUGGAUGGUACCAACCGAUAUGGGAUCAUUAGGACUAAACUGGGCUGGCCAGCUGGUGUCACACUGGACAUCGAGGCCAAGCGCAUCUACUGGGUUGACAGUCGCUAUGACUACAUUGAAACAGCAACUUAUGAUGGCCUCCACAGAAAAACAGUGGUCCAUGGAGGUGCUGUUAUCCCACACCCAUUCAGCAUCAGUCUGUUUGAGCACACGGUCUAUUUCACGGACUGGACCAAGAUGGCUGUGAUGAAAGCCAACAAGUUCACUGACACCAGUCCUCAGGUGGUUUACACUACGGCUCAGACUCCACACGGCGUAGCAGUGAUACAUCAGCUAAAACAACCACACGUGGCAAACCCUUGUAGUGUAGACAGAGGUGGAUGUGAGCAGAUCUGUGUGCUGAGUCACAGGAGUGACAAUGGUGGACUUGGUUACCGCUGCAAAUGUCGCAUGGGCUACGACUUGCAUGUUGAUGGAAAGCGCUGUUUGGCUGUGAGACAGUUCCUGCUUUUCUCCAGCCAGCUGGCCGUGAGAGGGAUCCCCUUCAACCUCUCCUCUCAGGAAGACAUCAUCCUGCCCGUCACUGGAUCACCUUCCUACUUUGUCGGUGUGGAUUUUAGUGCUGAGGAGGACGCCAUCUUCUUCUCAGACACAGUCAAAGAUAUUAUCUACAAACAGAAAGUGGAUGGGACAGGCAGGGAGGUACUGGCAGCCAAUAGGGUGGAGGGAGUGGAGGACCUGGCUUAUGACUGGAUUUCAAAAAACCUCUACUGGACUGACCCACGAUACCGGAGCAUAUCUGUCUUAAAGCUGGCUGAUAAGUCCAGGAGAACCAUCAUAAGUAACCUCAACAACCCGAGGGCCAUCGUGAUUCAUCCUCUAAUUGGGUAUAUUUUUUGGACUGACUGGUACCGCCCAGCGAAGAUUAUGAGGGCAUGGGGUGAUGGUUCACAUGCCCAGCCUAUUGUAAACACCACUCUUGGCUGGCCAAAUGGCUUGGCUAUCGACUGGAGCUUGAUGCGUCUUUAUUGGGUGGAUGCCUUCUUUGAUAAAAUUGAGCACAGCACUUUUGAUGGAAAGAAUAGGUUUUCAUUGGACCGCAUUACCCAGAUCUCCCAUCCAUUUGGUCUCACAAUUUUUGAAGACUAUGCAUAUUUCACUGACUGGCGUCUGGGUGGAGUUGUACGCGUACGCAAGACCGAUGGUGGGGAGAUGGUCAUUAUCAGAAGAGGAAUUAGCCACAUUAUGCAUGUCAAAGCUUUCAACUCCAACUCACAAACUGGUUCCAACUUCUGCAACAGGCAGACAAAUCCUAACGGAGACUGCAGCCACUUCUGUUUUCCAGCCCCAGAUUCACAGAGAGUGUGUGGCUGCCCUUAUGGCAUGAAGCUGUCACCAAAUCAACAGACGUGUGUGGAGGACCCUUCCAGUGAGCCCCCCACUCUGCAAUGUGGUGCCUACUCCUUCUCCUGUGGCAACGGAAAAUGUGUGCCAAACAGCUACCGAUGCGAUGGUGUUGAUGACUGCCAUGACAACAGUGAUGAAGCCAACUGUGGAAUUAACAACACCACUUGCUCCCCCUCUGCCUUUACUUGUGCCAAUCAGCGGUGUGUGCCUGCAGGAUGGCGUUGCGAUGGGCACAAUGACUGUUUUGAUAACAGCGAUGAGAACAACUGCCCUACACAGGUGCCAGGAACUUGUCCUGUCAAUCAGUUUACCUGCGCCAACCACCGUUGCAUCCCAUUUACAUGGCGCUGCGACACUGAUAAUGACUGUGGGGACAGCUCAGAUGAAGCUGACUGCUAUCUGAGAAGCACAUGCCAUCCAGGCCAGUUUCAGUGUCCAGACCAUCGUUGUAUAGACCCCAGCUAUGUCUGUGAUGGAGACAGGGACUGUGUGGAUGGGGCAGAUGAACAGGGAUGUGUCUACAACUGCACUGUCAAUGAGUUCAAGUGCUCCAGAAGUCACCAGUGCAUCAACUCCUACUACAGAUGUGAUGGAGUCUUUGACUGCAGUGAUCGCUCAGACGAGCAAGGCUGUCCCACCAGGCCUCCAGGGAUGUGCCACCAUGAGACUGAGUUCCAGUGCCAGUCAGAUGGGAGCUGUGUCCCGUCCACCUGGGAGUGUGAUGGUCAUCCAGACUGUGAGGAUGGCAGCGACGAACACCACGCCUGCCCACCUCGCACUUGCCCUUCCUCCCUCUUCCGCUGUGACAAUGGAAACUGUGUUAUGCACAGCUGGAUUUGUGAUGGUGACAAUGACUGCAGGGAUAUGAGUGAUGAACGGGACUGUCCCACACCACCUUUCCGCUGUCCAAGCUGGCAGUGGCAGUGUCCUGGCCACAGUGUAUGUGUCAAUCUCACCACUGUGUGUGACAACACUCCUGACUGCCCCAAUGGUGCUGACGAGUCUCCUCUUUGCAAUCAAGAGAGCUGUUCUGACAACAAAGCUGGCUGCACCCAUGGUUGCAUCCAGGGGCCAUUUGGGGCUCAGUGCACCUGCCCUGUGGGUUAUCAAUUGAGCAAUGACUCCAAAACCUGUGAGGACAUCGAUGAGUGUAAUCCCCUUGGACUCUGUAGCCAGCACUGCUUUAAUGAGAGAGGCUCUUUUCGCUGCCACUGUCAAGACGGCUAUACUCUUGAAGCAGACCAGCGUACCUGCAAGGCCUCUGAUUCUCGUCAGGCCUUCUUGCUCGUGGCCAGUCGAAAUCAGAUUGUGCAAGAUGAAAUUACUGCUCAGCCCAACGUCAUCUAUUCGCUGGUUAGAGAUGGACGCAACAUUGUGGCCCUGGAUUUUGACUCUGUCACUGACCGUGUAUACUGGUCUGAUACCAGCCAGGACAGAAUCUGGAGUGCUUACAAAAAUGGCACUGAUAGAACUGUGAUAUUUGACAGUGGAGUAACUGUGACAGAGAGCCUUGCUGUUGACUGGGUGGGCAGGAACCUGUACUGGACUGACUAUGUCCUGGAGACAAUUGAAGUGUCUAAGCUGGAUGGGACCCAUCGAACUGUAUUAGUUAGUGAAAACGUUACCAAUCCUCGAGGCCUGGUGCUGGAUCCAAGGGACAGUUCUCACCUAAUGUUCUGGACCGACUGGGGUAGGAACCCCCGUAUUGAGAGGGCCAGCAUGGAUGGAAAAAUGAGGACAGUUAUCGUGAGCAACAAGUUGUACUGGCCCAACGGUCUGACCAUAGACUACCCAAACAACUUGUUGUACUUUGCUGACGCCUACUUGGAUUUUAUCGACUACUGUGAUUUUAACGGCAACAACAGAAAGCAAGUUCUCUCCAGCGACCUGGUACUUCAACAUCCCCACGCAAUUACCAUUUUUGAGGAUUUUGUGUAUUGGACCGACAGAUACAUCAACCGUGUGAUGCGAGCCCAUAAGUGGCACGGGGACAACCAAACAGUGAUGCUGUUCAACCUCCCUCAGCCUAUGGGUCUGCUGGCAGUACACCCAACCAGGCAGCCAGCAGGUGAAAACCACUGCUUAAGGAGCUCCUGUACUCAUAUCUGCCUGCUUUCUGCGGUGGGGCCGAGGUAUUACUCGUGUGCUUGUCCCUCAGGCUGGACAUUGGCAGCAGACCAAAUCACCUGCACCAGAGUUGAGGAUCCUUUCUUGGUGGUUGUGAGAGACAGCAUCAUCUAUGGCAUUUCCUUGAACCCCGAUGACAAGAGUAAUGAUGCCAUGGUCCCUGUGGCCGGGCUUCAAAACGGCUACGAUGUUGACUUUGACGACAGUGAAGAAACCAUUUACUGGGUGGAGCACCCUGGCGAGAUCCAUAGAGUGAAAGCUGAUGGUACUAACAGGACAGAGUUUGCCCCUGCAGCCAUCCUGGGCUCCCCUGUAGGCCUGGCCUUGGACUGGUUAACAGAGAACCUAUACUACACCAAUCCAGCUACCCAAUCUAUUGAGGUUUUGAAGUUGAGAGGGGAGGUGCAGUACAGGAAAACUCUAAUCACAAAUAACGGCUCUCCAACUGGCGCUGGAAGUCCCGUUGGCAUUGCAGUGGACCCAGCACGUGGCAAACUAUACUGGACAGACCAGGGAACAGAGAGUGGCAUUCCUGCCAAGGUGGCAUCUGCAGACAUGGACGGGCUCAACCCUGUCACCCUGUUCACCAACAAUCUCGAUCACAUUGAAUUCCUCACCAUCGACAUCCGAGAGAACAAGCUGUACUGGGCUGUUACAAGCACUGGCAUGAUUGAGCGUGGUGACCCAGAUGGUAGUAACCGUAUCACCAUAGUAACAGGCCUGUCUCAUCCCUGGGGUGUGGCUGUCUAUGAAAACUACCUCUACUUCACUGACCGCAACUUUGAAGUCAUAGAGCGAGUGGACAAGUCUACGGGAGCCAACAGGGUUGUGUUUCGAGACAACGUCUCUGGCCUCAGAGUCUUGAAAGUGCACCAUAGAGAGACUUCUGCAGGUACAUCCAAUGGCUGCACUGACAAUGUUGGAGCAUGUGAGCAGCUGUGCUUGCCUCGACCACAGAGUCUGUUUACGUGUGCAUGCGCCACAGGUUUUAAACUCAGUGCGGACAACAGGACCUGCACUCCCUACCAGUCCUAUAUCGUGAUUUCCACUCUGUCUGCAAUCAAAGGCUUUAGUCUGGAAGGGUCAGACCACUCUGAGGCCAUGGUGCCUGUGGCUGGGAGAGGCCGUAAUGCUUUACACAUUGAUGUACACAUGGCUUCUGGUUUCAUCUACUGGUGUGACUUCAGCAGCACUGUGGCGACUCAGAACGGGGUCAGACGGAUCAAGCCAGAUGGCUCAGGAUUACGUAGCGUAGUGACAUCUGGAAUAGGACGCAACGGCAUACGAGGCAUUGCUGUGGACUGGGCUGCAGGUAAUUUGUACUUCACCAAUGCAUUCCUGACCGAGACAUACGUGGAGGUGCUCCACCUGAAUACCACUUUCCGCAGGGUGCUCUUGAAGACCCAGGUGGACAUGCCACGCCACAUUGUUGUGGAUCCUAGAAACAGAUACUUGUUCUGGGCUGAUUAUGGCCAGAACCCCAAAAUUGAGCGAGCCCUCUUGGACGGAACCAACCGCACAAUUUUAGUGUCAUCAGGCAUUAUCACUCCACGAGGUCUUGCUCUGGACAGGCAAACUGGCUAUGUAUACUGGGUGGAUGACUCCCUGGAUAUGAUUGCUCGAGUCAACCCUCAGGGAGGGGAGACGGAGAUAGUCAGGUAUGGUAGCCGCUAUCCAACUCCUUACGGGAUCACAGUAUUUGAGAGUAGCAUCAUUUGGGUGGACAGAAACCUGAAGAAGGUGUUUCAAGCAAGCAAAGAGCCCAGUAACACGGAGCAGCCUGCUGUCAUUAGAGACAACAUCAACAUGCUAAGAGACAUUACCAUCUUCGACCAACAUUCCCAGCCAACCUCUGAUCAGGAGCUUAACUAUAACCCCUGCGUUGAAAACAAUGGAGGCUGUGCCCACUUGUGCUUUGCCAUGCCAGGUUCUGGCAACAAGAAAUGUAGCUGCGCUUUUGGGGAUCUUGCAGCAGAUAAUGAGAGCUGUGUGGUGUCAAAGGACGAUUAUCUCAUCUACACAACAGAGAGCACAGUGCGCAGCCUACGUCUCGACCCUGAGGACCAUGCGUUGCCCUUCCCUGUGGUCAAUGUGCCACGAACCUCUGUGGCACUGGAUUUUGACCUCACAGACAGGAGGGUCUACUUCACACUGAGCUCAGGUGCUGGAGCAAGCAAGAUCAGCUACAUCAGCCUGUCCUCUCCCAACUCUGCCCCUGUAGUGGUGGCUUCAGAUCUUGGGGCUCCUGAUGGUAUCGCAUAUGACUGGAUUAACAGAAGAAUUUACUAUAGUGACUAUGUUAAUCAAAGCAUUAGCUCCAUGUCUGUGGACGGCUCUCAGAGGACUAUAAUUGCCCAUGUGUCAAGGCCCAGGGCAAUCAUGUUAGAUCCUUGUAGGGGAUUCAUGUAUUGGACAGACUGGGGAACCCAUGCAAAGAUUGAGCGUGCCACCUUGGGUGGUAACUUCAGAACAGAGGUUGUAAACAGUAGUCUUGUGUGGCCCAAUGGACUGGCCCUUGACUAUGAAGAAGAACGGCUGUACUGGGCAGAUGCCAGCUUACAGAAGAUUGAACGAUCCUCUCUCACUGGCUCUAAUCGGGAGGUAAUUGUCAGCACUGCCAUCUACCCGUUUGCUAUGACCAUGUUUGGCCAGUUUAUCUAUUGGACUGACUGGAACACACGCAGCAUCUAUCGGGCCAAUAAACACGAUGGUUCUGAUCAGAGGGUCAUGAUUCAGAGCCUUCCAUCUCGGCCCAUGGACAUCCAUGUGGUAUCCAGCAGGAAGCAGCAGCAGUGUGACAGCCCCUGCCAGCAAUUUAAUGGAGGCUGCAGCCACAUCUGUACACCAGGACCCAACGGAGCUGAGUGUAGGUGUCCAUCAGAGGGUCGCUGGUACCUGGCCGACAAGAAGCACUGCAUCCCUGAUAACGGGACUCGGUGCCAGCCAGGCCAGUUUACCUGCAUGAAUGGACGGUGUAUUCGUGCCCAGUGGAAAUGUGACAAUGACAACGACUGUGGAGAUGGCAGUGACGAGUUAGAGAGAGUCUGUGGACCUAAAUCUGACUUCAACCUUGUUGUCCCACGAUUGCUGUCAUCUUUUGUUGCACUGUCAGCCUUCCACACCUGUGAGCCCACAGUGUUUACUUGUGGCAAUGGACGAUGUGUGCCCUACCACUACCGCUGUGACCACUAUGACGACUGUGGAGACAACAGCGACGAGGCUGGUUGUCUGUUUCAACCAUGUGACCCCAACACAGAGUUCACCUGCAACAAUGGCCGCUGUAUUGCGAAGGACUAUGUUUGCAAUGGCAUCAACAACUGCUAUGACAAUGGUACCUCUGAUGAACAAAAUUGCCCGGAGAGAACCUGCCAACCAGAACACACGAAAUGUCAGUCUACCAACAUCUGCAUACCACGUUCAUACCUGUGUGACGGAGACAACGACUGUGGGGAUAUGAGUGACGAGAGCCCGACACACUGUGCUACAUCCACAUGUUCCCAGAGUGAGUUCCGCUGCUCCAGUGGCCGCUGCAUCCCCGCCCACUGGUACUGUGAUGGAGGGGCCGACUGCGCUGACGGCUCUGAUGAGCCCCUCUCCUGCACCACACUGGUCAGAACCUGCAACACAGAUCAGUUCCGCUGUGAUGAUGGCAGGUGUAUUGCCUCAUCCUGGAUCUGUGAUGGGGACAACGACUGUGGAGACAUGAGUGAUGAAGAUCAGAGACAUAAUUGUGCCAAUCGCACAUGUUCAAGUGCAGAGUUUACCUGUGUGAACAAUCAGCCACCUCAGCGGAAAUGUAUCCCACGUGACUGGUUGUGUGAUGGAGAUGCAGACUGUGCAGAUGCAUUAGAUGAGCAUCAAAAUUGCUCACGCAGAUCCUGUGGCGUAAAUGAGUUCACCUGUAGUAAUGGCCUCUGCAUCCGGAGCUCCUACAGGUGUGAUCGUCGUAAUGACUGUGGGGACAGCAGUGAUGAGCUGGGCUGCACCUACCAGCCCUGUCUACAACACCAGUUCACCUGCCAGAAUGGCCGCUGCGUGUCCCACGACUUUGUCUGCGAUGGAGACAAUGACUGCGGUGAUGAGUCUGAUGAGCAGGAGAACAUGUGCCACACACCAGCACCGACCUGCCCCCCUGGAGAGUUCAGAUGUGACAAUGAACACUGUAUUCCCCUGAGCCAGGUUUGCGACAGGAACGAUGACUGCUCCGACAACAGCGACGAGAAGGGAUGUGGUAUCAACGAAUGCACAGAUCCAUCGAUCCAUCACUGUGAUCACAAUUGCACCGACACACCCACCAGCUUCAUCUGCACAUGUCGUCCGGGCUACCACCUCAUGUCUGACAGCAAAUCAUGUGAUGAUGUUAACGAGUGUGUGGAGACACCGAGCAUGUGCAGCCAGGUCUGUGAGAACACUGUUGGCUCCUAUGUGUGCAAGUGCGCCCCGGGAUUCCUGCGAGAGCCCGAUGGCCGCAGCUGCCGUCAGAACAGCAACAUCUCACCCUACCUCAUCUUCAGCAACCGCUAUUAUCUAAGGAACCUGUCAACAGACGGGCAGGCCUACUCUCUGAUCCUGCAGGGCCUGACCAGUGUGGUGGCCCUGGACUUUGAUCGUGUCGACAAACGUCUCUAUUGGAUUGAUGUGAGCCGGAGGGUGAUAGAGAGGAUGUUCUACAAUGGCAGUAACAGAGAGGUGGUGGUGAAUGGAGUUCUACAUGGGGAAGGCCUUGCGGUCGACUGGAUAGCAAGGAAAAUUUACUGGGUGGAUAGCAUGCUGGAUUGUCUCAAAGUGUCUGAACUGGAUGGACAAUUUGUGAAGAAACUGGCUGAGCACUGUGUAGAUGCCAAUAAUACCUACUGCUUUGAAAACCCCAGAGCCAUUGUGUUGCAUCCAAAAUAUGGAUAUGUAUUCUGGACAGACUGGGGAGACAAAGCCUUUAUUGGCCGUGUUGGAAUGGAUGGAGUCAACAAAGUAGCCAUCAUUACUACCAAGAUAGAGUGGCCCAAUGGGAUCACCAUUGACUACACUAAUGACAAGCUCUACUGGUCUGAUGCUCAUCUCAAUUACAUUGAGUUCUCAGACUUGGAUGGUAAACACAGACACACAGUGUAUGAUGGAAAUUUGCCUCACCCAUUCGCCUUGACUGUGUUUGAGGACAGUGUAUACUGGACUGACUGGAACACACGCACAGUGGAGAGAGGGAACAAAUAUGACGGCUCAGAUCGUCAGGCCCUGGUCAACACCACACACAGGCCGUUUGACAUCCAUGUGUGUCAUCCUUACAGACAGCCCAUCUCAAACAAUCCCUGUGCAGUGAACAAUGGUGGCUGCUCUCACCUGUGCCUGAUCAGUCAUGGGGGGCGAGAACCCACCUGCGAGUGCCCUGAUCAUUUCCUGACUGUCCAAAUAGGAGGCCUGACCCGAUGCCUUCCCAUGUGCACCAGCACUCAGUAUAGAUGUGCCAACAAUGAACGUUGUAUCCCCAUCUGGUGGAAAUGUGAUGGUCAGAGGGACUGCAGAGAUGGAUCAGACGAGCCAUCCACCUGCCCGACUCGCCACUGCAGACUGGGACAGUUUCAGUGUAACGACGGAAACUGCACUAGUCCACACUUCCUUUGCAACAGCAACCAGGACUGUCAUGAUGGCUCGGAUGAAGACCCCAUCCUGUGUGCUACACACCAGUGUGAAAGUCACCAGUGGCAAUGUGCAAACAAGCGAUGUAUCCCUGAGUCGUGGCAGUGUGAUGGUGAGGACGAUUGUGGUGACCAUUCUGACGAAGACCCUGCACACUGCUCUACCAGGACCUGCCGUCCCGGACAGUUCAAGUGCCGCAAUGGACGCUGUAUCCCCCAGAGCUGGAAAUGUGAUGUCGAUGAUGACUGUGGUGACAACUCUGAUGAACCGUUAGAGGAGUGCAUGGGACCGGCAUAUCGCUGUGACAAUGACACAGAGUUUGAUUGCAAGACCAACUACCGAUGUGUGCCCCUGUGGUCUGUUUGCAACGGUCACAAUGACUGUAGAGACAACAGUGAUGAGCAGGAAUGUGAUGAACUGACCUGUGAUCCAAACGGAGACUUUACCUGUGACAACCACCACUGCAUCCCACAGAGAUGGAGGUGCGACGGGGACGAUGACUGCGGGGACAACUCUGAUGAACGCAGCUGCACUCCACGUGUGUGCACAGAGAGCGAGUUUCGUUGUGAUAAUUUGCGCUGCAUUCCCGACCGUUGGGUCUGUGACCAUGACAACGACUGUGAAGACAACUCGGAUGAAAGAGACUGCGAGUUGCGGACUUGUCAUCCUGGCUAUUUCCAAUGUGGGAGUGGACACUGUAUUGCCGAAAGAUUCAAAUGUGAUGGCAAUGCAGACUGUCUGGACUAUACGGAUGAGAUGUCAUGUUCGCCCCGUUUUCCCAACGGCACAUACUGCCCCCCAUUCUUGUUUGAGUGCAAGAACCACGUGUGUGUCCAGCCUCAGUGGAAAUGUGAUGGAGACAAUGACUGUGGAGACAAUUCAGAUGAGGAGCUGCAUCUCUGUUUGGACAUCCAGUGUGAGACUCCCUUCCGUUUCCGCUGUGACAACAACCGUUGCAUCUACAGCCACGAGCUCUGUAACUCUGUUGACGACUGUGGAGACAGCUCUGAUGAAAGACAGGAAAACUGCCAAAGUCCCACACAUGGUCCCUGUACAGAUGAUGAGUACAAAUGCAGUAAUGGACAAUGCGUCCCUCUACAAUAUGCCUGUGAUGAUUAUGAUGACUGUGGAGACCAUUCAGAUGAGCUUGGCUGCCACCAUGGCAGUGGGCACACGUGCAGUGACAACGUCUGUGAACACAACUGUACAGACCUGCCAGAAGGAGCGUUCCUCUGCUCCUGCAGACCGGGCUUCAAGCCCAGAAUGACAGAAAAGCACACAUGUGAAGAUGUGAAUGAGUGUGAAGUGUAUGGGACGUGUCCUCAAGAGUGCAAGAACACAAAGGGCAGCUACGAGUGCUUUUGUGCUGAAGGCUUUCACUCAUUUGGAGAAAUGCACGGGACAGAGUGUGCUUCCCAGGGAAACCCCCCAGUGCUGCUCUUGCCGGACAACAUUCGCAUCCGUCGAUUCAACAUGUCGUCUGAGGAGUAUUCAGACUAUGUGGACAACACUGAACACAUACGGGCUGUGGACUACCUGUGGGACCCAGAGGGACAAAGCCUCAGUAUUGUGUACUGGACAGUCCUGGGUCGAGGAUCUCAGUUUGGCUCUAUCAAACGUGCCUAUAUGACCACGUUCAACGAUCACGGUAACAACCCAGUGAAAGAGGUGGACCUCAACCUGAGAUACAUCGCUAAUCCUGACGGCAUUGCUGUGGACUGGGUUGGCGGGCACAUUUACUGGACAGAUUCUGGGACCAAUCGAAUUGAAGUGGCCAAACUGGAUGGGCGAUACAGGAAAUGGUUGAUCCAUACUGACCUUGAUCAGCCAGCCGCUAUUGUUGUCAACCCAUCACUUGGAAUGAUGUACUGGACAGACUGGGGCAGGAACCCCAGGAUAGAGUCUGCGUGGAUGGACGGACAGAAGAGAGCUGUGCUAGUGAAUGAAGAGGACCUGGGCUGGCCUACUGGUCUGGCUCUGGACUAUGUGAAUGGAAACAGGGUCUUCUGGUGUGACUCCAAAGAAAACAUCAUUGAGUCCAUGAAGCCUGAUGGCACAGACAGGAAGAUCGUCAUAUCAGGAGACAUCGGACAUCCCUACAGCCUUGAUGUAUUUGAAGGGCAUGUGUACUGGACGACAAAAGACAAAGGUGAAGUGUGGAAGACGAAUAAGUUUGGGAAAGGAAAUAAAGUGAAGGUCCUGACCAUCAACCCCUGGCUGACUCAAGUCCGCAUUUACCAGGAGCACCGAUAUAACCACUCAGUGCCAAACCCGUGUAAGAAUGUGUGCAGUCACCUCUGUCUCAUCCGCCCCGGUGGCUACACCUGCGCCUGCCCACAAGGCUCCUCUCAUGCGGAGUUUGACUCCAAUGAAUGUGACGCAGCCAUUGAGGCACCUGUUCCAAUGCCCCCUGCAUGUAGAUGCAUGAAUGGUGCAACGUGCUACACUGAUGAAGGUGGUCUGCCCAAAUGCAAAUGUCCAUACGGUUAUGUGGGCAGCUACUGUGAGAUGGGGAAGUCACGCGCCGCUCCAGCAGGAACAGCUGUGGCUGUUUUACUGGCCGUUAUUGUCAUCCUGAUCACUGGAGCACUGGCUGUCGGAGUUUUCCUCAACUACAAGCGGACAGGAUCCUUCAUUCCCUCCAUGCCCAAAUUACCCAGCCUCAGCAGCCUGGUGAUGUCCUCUGACACUGGGAACGGGGUGACGUUUCGCUCGGGUGAUAAUGUGGAUCUCGGACCAUCACACAUUGGAGUGUCAUUCAUUGACACGGCGAUGCAGAUGGAGGAUAACUUUGCUGUGGGAGCUGGGAGGCAGCCGAUCACAUUUGAGAAUCCAUUAUACGCCACCGCACCCGGACUAUCUGGUGAUCCUGCUGUCAUUCAUGCCACACAGGUGACUGUUAAUGUCAGCGGCGAACAGCUGCAGAACAACUUUGUGAACCCAGUAUAUCGUGGAGAUCAGAGCGUGGGCAUCAUAAACACGUCCUCAGUCAGCGACAAACCUGCUCAAGAGUCAAAGUGGAGCUUGUGGAAAAGGAAAUUAAUGCCAAGCACCACAUUUGCGAACCCUUCAUACUCAGAGAUGAAGGAUGAAAAGCCUGUGGGCAAUAGCGGGGACUCCUCUGCCCCCGAGCCUUCUCCGUUUGCGGCCGUGACCAAACCUCAGAGGAGGGAUCGUCCCAGCACCUUUUCACCAACAGAGGACACGUUCAAAGACACGGCCAACCUCGUUAAAGAGGACAGCGACGUAUAACCCCUUUCACACCGAUGGGAAUCGAGAAAUGAAACACACUUUGCACAGAAUUUAUUUUUUUAUGCAGUCUGUGUACAAAACUCAAAUUGUUUUAGAGAAGAGAAAUACAUUUCUACAGAAUGAAGAGAAAAAAAAAAGUCUCGUGACUAUAUGCCUUCUGACAUUUCUAAUGCCAAUUCUUGUGUUAAUGUACAAUAUGUAUAUCUUUGCACUGAGGCUGCUGAUAGACGUGUUAAUAAAGAUGUUGUAUAUUUGUAAAUUUAAACGGUAAGAUUUUUGCCAGAAAAGAAUAUCUUGGAAAUAAAUCCCAUAAAUAGAUCAAUAUAAACGCGUAAUUAAAAAGACGAGCAGCGUUUUGAAUGUACAGUGCUCAUCUUUGCCGCUGAACGAAACUGAAGAUGUAUCUGCUUCAUGUUUAUAUACCUCAUUUCAGGGCUGGAAAAUUAAAGCAAGUUGAAAAAAACAAGAAAAUACAUGUGCAUAACAAACAUACUGUACGUAAUCGCUACCUACAUUCCCUGACCUUGUGACUUUGAAUCAAUACAAUCAUAAUUUUUCAGUAAUGAUGGUUGGGAUUAUGGCCAAAAUAGUUUGGGACAUUACUUGGACAUGCCCACGUCUGUUGCAUGGAUGUUAAUUUAUGUGGUUGAUUAUCUUGACAGGCAACCUGGAUGGAGUUGUAGAGUUAUUUUAUACACAUGGUUAAUAAUUUCUUUUACAGAAUGAUGUCUCCCUUUUUUUUUUGUGUGUGUGUCUUAAUGAGGACAAAUUAACUGAUAAUUGAGAAACGCCCACGUGGUUUAAAUACUGCUGCUGAGACAUGAAUGAAUAAAUUUCUAUUCUCCUA